UCCUUCCCUUUUUACAUGUUUGUGUAAUUUUCAGAACUGAAGUGUUCCAGUCCACCACGAAUGAUCUGAACUGAAGCAGAGAGUAGUAUACUUAGUAAUCGUAAGUAGCACCGCUCUAUUUUAUUUCACUACAUGUACUCCCGAUCCCUGAUCUGAAGGUCGUUGAUGAGUUCUGGUCUGGUCAUACAUGGCUUUUCUUGGAUCAAAAUAAACCACGCCAACAUAGUGAUGCCGUAGUACUAGUAACAGAUCGCCAGAAUGCAACGCACGCGGAUUGCCGUCAUUGGCGCAGGAGCAGCUGGCCUGAGCGUUGCGAGGCAUUUCGUGCCCGGUCCAACAUACGAAGUGGUGAUUUACGAACAAUCUGACCAGGUUGGCGGAACAUGGGUGUAUCGUGAAGAGGUACCAGAGGAGAGUGAGGACCGUACGGUGCAUAGUAGCAUGUACAUUAAUCUCAGGACCAACUUGUCCAAGGAAACAAUGGCGUUUCCUGACAUGCCGUUCCCAGACGACCUGCCGACUUUCGUCGGGCAUCGCGACGUCCGUCAGUAUCUCACCGACUAUAGCAUGGUGUAUGACAUCGAGCCGCACAUCAGGUUUCACACCAGGGUAACCGACGUCCGUCCCGUCACGGAUCGUGCCCCCCACGGUGUUGGGGACGCCGCCGUGCGUAGCUCUGGUGAAUGCACCAGCGUCGACAGUGGUGGCAGUCCGCUGGUUGAUAUAGGACCGCGGUGGCAAGUCACCGCACGGUCACUCGACGGCGAAAACGGCGUUGCCGGUGCUACUCCCGUGGCCGACCAACAGGAGACUUUCGAUGCCGUGUUUGUCUGCAACGGGCACUACUUCCAACCAUUAGCCCCGACGAUACCUGGCCUUGCCGAACAUUUCCGUGGCAAUGUAAUGCACAGCCACAGCUACCGUCGGCCCGACACGUAUCAUGGACAAGUGGUGGUCGUGGCCGGAACGGGCUCCUCGGGCCAGGACAUCUGUCUGGAUGUUGCCAGCAAGGCGCAGCGCGUACUCGUGUCUGCGCACAGAGACCACUGGAUCAAGUCACCACUGCCGUCCAAUAUUGAACAGCGGCGUCGUAUCAAGUGUAUUGACGAGCAUGGUGGUGUGGUGUUUGAUGAUGGGCAUGUGGACCGGGUCGACUCCAUCCUCUGGUGCACAGGAUAUGCCUGCUCGUUCCCGUUCCUGCAUGACAGUUGUGGCGUGUCGGUGGAGCUGGACAGAGUAGUUAAGCCGCUGUAUCGUCAUCUUGUCAACGCUGCUCACCCGACAAUGUUCUUCAUCGCGAUACCAUUCCUAAUUGCACCUUUCCCUCUUAUGGCAAUGCAGGCACUGUUCGCCAAGGCCGUUCUGGAGCGCCGUCACACGCUGCCCUCGUUCGUCGACAUGGCCCGUUGGCAAGACGACGACCUAACCAAGCGCAGUGCCCGUGGCUUGCCACCGCACUACGCCCAUGCACUGUCUGGUGAUCAGUGGGACUAUGAUAAUGAACUAGCACGUUUAGCUGGCUCAGAGCCACUGCCUCCGCAUUACAAAGCUCUGUAUGAAUACACGAAAGGUACCCGGGCUGUGCGCUUGACCAUGUACCGGAACGUUCGUUAUCAACUGCGAGAUGAUGAUGCGCUGUUUGACGCCGUGGAUGUCGGCGGCUGCGGUGAGGGUCAAACACAGGGCCGGACGUGAUGCAAUAGUGGUGCGUGUGUGCGUGCACGCUUGUGUGUGUGUGUGUGAAAAAGCCACUUCAUAGCUGUGUGGUGUAGACCAGGCUGAAUAGUGCCGGUCAAUUCUUCAGCCUUGCAAGCUGUUGAAUGGUGCAAUCCCAGCACAAGCUGCUAUGGCUUCUGCUGUAGCAUCGCUAUCAUCGCCUCCGGCGAUGGGCGUCAAAUGCGUGCGGAUGUGUCUGGUUCGACCUGCGUAGGAAUUGUUUCGGUGGACUGUCCAUGGGCUGUAGAAAUACUUAGUACUCAGCAUGCUGUGCUGUAUCCCUCUGAUGGUAGAAUUUGAGGCAUUUCUCUAGACUGAUGGGCUGGUCCUAUAUUUACUUCUCUUGGUUUAAACACCGACCUGGCUUUCAUUAGCCUUUUUUAAAACAUAGUUUAAAGUUGCAACCACUUCUAGGGAUGUGCAAAUUCCAUGGCAGCCAUACCUGCUUUAGAGAUUACUGCAAUUCAAAUGCUCAUAUCGUUACAAGGUCUCUCUGCUGCAAAUGUCAUGUCAGGUUCACCUGCUUUUUGGUCGUGCAUGGCCCAUCGUAACUUAUUUUUUAACUUUUUGAAAUAUUCUUCAAUUUUCAUUUAUUAUUUUGUCAAGCUCGCAGUUUGCUACGAUGAAUCAUGGAGUUGUUGUGACGUGGCAAUUUUCUUGUGUUUUUUUGUGUGUGUCAACGGGGCAUUCCGAGACUGGGAGUGCUUCUUUGUCCAUCCUGCUUGUACUUCGAAGUAGCUUUAGGUUUUUAUUCUCUUAAAUUAGUUUUAGGUAUUUCUCUUCUUACUUGUAGUCAUAAUUAUUGCUAGCUAUGCUCUUUUCCUUUGUAUUUAAUAGCUGGUGUAGUGAUAUAUUUUUUACGUAGUUUGCUGAUGUUUUUGCUUUCAAAUUUAUUUGGCAUGCGGUCAUAGCAGAUAGCUAUCCGAUGGAGAUUGAGCAUUUGACAGGCUUUUUUUUAAUAAGUGUUUUUUCCCGAUCCCGGUGACAUACAAGUCAGGGAUCAUCUUUCUGCUUCCGUUGCACGCCACCACUCCAUGACGAUCAAGCAUGAUCUUUGAAUGUCCAUGUAAUAAUUAUUUAUUUUUCCUGAAUUCUUUGUCAGUGUUGUAUUGUAUUUUAUUGUGUCUUUUGUCCGUAAAAAAAGGCUUCACUAACACC